AUGAUGGCGGACGUCAGGAGAUCCUCCAGGGGAAAUAAAGGCCAGAACCCACGGUUGGAGGUAUCAAGAAAGUUUGAGGAUGAGUUAGGAAAGUCUUCUGGCAAGCGCAAGUCUCAUCCUGCAUCGUCAGCAACACUCGCAAACACGAAAAAGCAACGACAAGAAGAGUCCAAAGAUCUGAACCGAGAUAACCAUGCUAGCAAGUCAGAAAACGAAAAAGUUUUUGAGGAAGUGCGGUGCUUGGUAUGUGGUGUCAUUGAUGCCAAUUAUGAUGAAGAAGAAGACGAAAAUGGGACGAUGAUUGAAUGUGAACUGUGCUUAUCCUGGCAACAUUUAAAAUGCAUGUUUGGUUCUUCAAGAAGAAAAGCCCCUAAUAUGUAUUUUUGUGAGAUUUGUUCUCCAAAAUCUUUUGCCAAUAUUAAACACAAGUUAUCUCCAGAAACAUACUUUGCCGAAAUAGAGGCUCAAGGAAUAAAUACAAGAGCAACAGAUGUAGAAAAACAUGUUAAUGGUGAACUUGACAGUGAUAAUGAUACUGACUACAAUUAUGAAAGUCAAACUGAUAAGCAAAUAGAUGGAUAUGAUGUACAGGAAGAGCUGGAAAAAAUGCACAAAAAUUCUAAGUCAAAGAAGUCUGGCAGUCGUUCCAAACGGAACGAAGCAUUGAUGCAAGAAAUGAAAGUGCGAGACGGGGUCAUUGAGCGGUUCAAGAAAAUCUACAAAGAUUGUAUAAUCCCACAAAUGGAGGACGCAAUCCCAAACGAGAGCGAUAUCACCCAGUGGGGUAGAACGCUUGAAGAUCUACUUUAUAACAAAUUGAAUGAUACAACAAAUCAAACUGAUCCAGGGACAAAAUAUAGAGAAAGAUUCAGAAAUUUGUUUGCUUCUUUAAGAGACAGGAAAAACACUUUUCUUAGAGAUAGAUUGAUUACCGGAGACUUGGAGCUAGUAGAACUUGUUGAAAUGAAAACAGAAGAAUUGAUUAAUCCUGAAAUGCAGAAAUUUAGAAUAGAAUCUAUUAAACAGAAGAUUGCAGAAAGCACGUUAAAACCUACAAGUCAAGUUCCUAAGAUGAAGAAAACCCACAAAGGUGAUGAAAUAAUUGAAGAUGAAGGUGAUAAUUUCAAUGAAGAAAACUUGGUCUUUUUUUCUGGCGGGAAAGGUCAAAAUUCAGAUGAUACAAAAACUUAUGAUGAUCCGAUCGCUAUUGAUAUCAAAGGAAAGCAGGAAAACGAAAAAAAACCUACCACUUCCUCAAAAGACCCAAGAAAACGGAGUGUAAAAAAAAAGCAAGUUCAUUUUGCUGUCAACCAAGGCUAUGAAGAAAUUGAGAAUUCUAUUGGUAGUGUGGAUGAUACCGGGCUAGAUGAAAUUUUGGGCACUAAUCUGGAUGUUAUAUAUGAUGAGGGCGAGAUGAAGCAAAUAUCAGAAAACGAUAGUAAGGAAAAUGAACCAGUGUUUUGGCAAGGCCAUAUUCAGUUGGCAGACUUGCCGGAUUUCUAUACAGAGGUAGUUUUUUGUGGGAACUCUGAUCCGCAAUCUACACGAUCAUCGGAUAUUUGUUAUGCGUUAUUGAAUUUGAACCAGCUGCUUGAACUUGAAGGUAGAUUAGAUAAAAGAAGGGCCGAGGAUUAUCUUCGUGAAAUUGCGUCAACAAGAAAUAUUAUACUUUCCGAACUCAUUGAAACUGACGAAAAUCGUGAAAAUUAUGUCGAGGUUUUCGAUUAUUUCAAGUCAAAAUCCAGAUAUGGGGUAAUUAAAAAUCCAAGAAAAUCAUAUAUCAAAGAUAUCUAUCUUACUCCGAUUGAUGCCGAUUCGAAGGAACAUCUUCCCGAAUUUUUAAGAUCAAUUGUCAACUUUAAGUUCAUGCCAAAACUACCGAAACUCUAUCUAAUUUUCACUGUCAAGAAGGAUUAUAUUCCCGAUCAGACAUUUGUUGAUGAUAUCAAGAAUGAAGUCAAGACGAUCGGGAACCAAAGAAAUAAAAUGGUACCCAAAGAAACCUCCAAGGAAUAUUUGGCCAGAGCCUUUAAUGACAUUCCCAAGGAGCAGCUUGAUAUUUUAUUUCAAAUUAUCGAUGAGCAUCCCGAUGCCAAAGACCCAAAGAAGCUCAUUGAAUAUGUGUCUGCAUUAACGCAUAAGGGGGUGAUAAAUCAGUGA